UAAAAGAGUGGAUGAUAUAGCUUUUCAUCAGUAAUCCCUUCAACUCCAGUUCGAGAUGUUCAUUCAGUGGAUUUUCCUGAUCUCCAGCGCCACCCUGAUCUCCAGCGCCACCCUGAUAUCCUCCAAAUGGAUUCCGGAACGCAUCGUAGGAGGUCACUUGGUGUCGAUUGAAUCGGUUCCCUGGCAGGCUUCCCUCCUAAAAGAAGACGAACAUUAUUGCGGCGCGGUCAUCUAUAGUGAGACAGUAGUUUUGACAGCAGCUCACUGUGUCAGAGACCCAUCGCCUUCUCUUUACUCCGUAAGAGUGGGCUCAUCGAGUUCUAUAAUCGGAGGUCAAGUGGUGAAGGCAUUGCGUGUCCUAAAACAUGACAAAUAUGGUCAGCCUUUUCAAUACUCCAAUGACAUAGCAGUGAUCCAACUUCAAUGCAGUCUUCAAAUGGGAGUUGGUGUGAGUUCCAUCCCACUGGCCGAUAGUUCUCCGCGACUAGGAUCUUCAGUCUCAGUUUCUGGAUGGGGAAAGAUCGGAUUAUUCAAGGGGGGUUCUGAGCUUCUACUUGGGACCACAGUGGCUAUUGUGAAUCAGAAAGCCUGCCAAAAAUCCCACUUCGGACGAGUUUCCAAGGACAUGAUUUGUGCCGCUGCUUUGGGAAAAGAUUCCUGCGGCGGGGACUCAGGAGGUCCUUUAGUAUCCAGUGGCAAACUGGUCGGCCUUGUCUCCUUUGGGGGACUUAUCUGUGCUAAUCCCUUUCGCCCUGGUGUCUAUGCUAAUGUGGCUGAGCUCAAGCCUUGGAUCUUAAGGACUAUUCAAAGCCUUUGAAGCAGCCAGAAUACACUCUACUAUUUAAAAAAAAAAAGAGUGAAUAAAAAAAAGGCUUAAAAAAA